GCGCCGCGCCGCCGCCGCUCCCGCGGCUCACACUACCAUCGGCCUGUGCUUGCUGCCGCUGCUGGGCGUCGGUGGCGGAGCGAAGCGAGCCCGCUUGGGACUACUCGCGGGCUGCCAUGGUCAGCGAAGCGGGUGCCGAUCAGGGCGCUGCUGCUGCUCCCCUUCCUUCUCCGGCCUCACCCGCGGCGCUGGGUAACGGCGAGAGAAGCAAGAGAGGGAAUAUAUGAAGGAGGAGGUGGAGGAGUGUUCUGAAGAUGAGGCGGCUGAAUCGGAAGAAAACCUUGAAUUUGAUGAAAGAAUUGGAUGCCUUUCCAAAGGUUCCUGAAAGCUAUGUGGAGACUUCAGCAAGCGGAGGCACAGUUUCUCUGAUAGCAUUUACAACGAUAGCUUUCCUGACUAUAAUGGAGUUUAUGGUCUAUCAGGACACAUGGAUGAAAUAUGAAUAUGAAGUAGACAAGGAUUUUACUAGUAAGUUAAGAAUCAAUAUUGAUAUUACAGUUGCCAUGAGGUGUCAAUAUGUGGGGGCUGAUGUUUUGGAUUUAGCAGAAACAAUGGUUGCCUCUGCAGAUGGGCUCAUCUAUGAACCAGUAGUAUUUGAUCUCAGCCCACAGCAAAAAGAAUGGCAAAGGAUGCUGCAGCUAAUUCAGAGUAGGCUGCAGGAAGAACACUCUCUUCAAGAUGUAAUCUUCAAAAGUGCUUUUAAAAGUGCUUCUACAGCACUGCCACCACGGGAAGAUAACUCAUUGCAGUCUCCAGAUGCAUGCAGAAUUCAUGGUCAUCUCUAUGUCAAUAAAGUGGCAGGGAAUUUUCACAUAACUGUGGGCAAGGCAAUACCACACCCUCGAGGCCAUGCACACCUGGCAGCCCUUGUAAGCCAUGAUUCUUAUAACUUCUCUCAUAGAAUAGAUCAUUUGUCAUUUGGAGAGCUUAUUCCAGGAAUUAUUAAUCCUUUGGAUGGAACAGAAAAAAUAGCAUCAGAUCACAACCAAAUGUUUCAAUAUUUUAUCACAGUUGUGCCAACCAAGCUCCAUACUUAUAAAAUUUCAGCAGAAACUCAUCAAUUUUCAGUGACAGAAAGGGAAAGAGUAAUUAACCAUGCAGCUGGCAGCCAUGGAGUAUCAGGAAUAUUCAUGAAAUAUGAUAUCAGUUCACUUAUGGUGACAGUGACGGAGGAACACAUGCCUUUUUGGCAGUUUUUAGUGAGGCUCUGUGGCAUUAUUGGGGGAAUUUUUUCAACCACAGGGAUUUUACAUGGCUUUGGAAGAUUUGUAGCAGAAGUUAUAUUUUGCCGUUUCAGACUGGGCUCUCACAGAUCCACAUCAGUCCCACUUCCUGAUGGCCACACAAGCAACCACUUACCUCUAAUUACAGACAAUAGUAUGCAUUAGCCUCCUGAGAAAACUUUUUCUUCCUGCCUGAUAGAGAAGACUUUUUUUAUAAUAAAGAAAACAUUGUGCAAUAUGCCGAGACAGUGCUGAUGUGCAGCAAAAAAAUGAAGCCCGUAGGAAAAAACCCAACAAAACAAUUUGUGUAGAGUUGUUUUUUGUCUAAGUGCACAUGGAGUUAACAGGAGGUUGUGAGACCAGUGAGGUGGACCAUCUUCUGGACAUGAAAGGAGCAUUGCUGCCAAUACAGUGUUCAUACUCAAGCUGAAUGUCAUUAUGAUGGCUGCCAUUGACUGCUGAAGCAUCUUAGUGAUACUGGUUCUGUGCCUGGGAAGACUAGUAAACUCCAAGGAGAGGAGUACAAAUACGAUGUGUGGAAUGGCUGGGCAGCAGGCAGAGAGGGGGCAGUAACAGAAAUGGGGUUUCUUUUAGGUGUUUGGGGUUUGUUUUGUGAUGGUGGGGAUGGGGGCUAAGAUGAUGUUCUUACAGGUGGGGAACAAUCCUAGAAAAUUCUGAGGAAGAGUGAGAUGAGAGAGAACUCAGGGAGUAAGGUGGAGCCCAAGCCAUAAUGUUGGUCAUAGCCACUGCCUUUCUGUAGUCCCACCAUUCCUUAGUGGAAGAAACACAUCACGUAGAGAAGUUUCUCUGUGGUGUUACCCAGCUGCUUUCCCAGCAGUGUGAAUAAUGUUGAUGUGGAAGUGUCCAGGGACUCUCAGAAUGUGCUCCAGUGUGCCCAGUUUCCUGACUUGUAAUAAGCAUUUUAAAUAAGGCAUUCGACUAGCUUUGAUGAAAGGUAGGACUCCCUAGCAAAAGGUUAGGAAAUCUUUGUACACCUCUUGAAGAUAAAGACAUUUCUUCAAUAGAACCUUUGUUGUGUCCCUGCUGCUAGCAUGUAAGCUGUGGGAUGUAAGUCCUGGAUAUGAGGAAGAAAAAGAACAAAAGGCUGAUUUGCUGUGGUUUGGAUAAAUACAGCAGAAAUGUAGAAUUCAGGGCAGUUGGGCAGUCUGCAGUGGUAGCUUGUAGUAGGUGACUCUUCAGGGAGUCUGAAUCAUUUUACUGCAGACAAUUGACAGCAGGAGAUCUGCAGAAUUAAUCCUUAGUUUCAUGAAGGUUUUUGUGAAGUAAAUGAAGAGAGCAGUAUCAGUUUUAUAUUGUAAAUAUGUUGCUGAGAAUGAAUGUUAUUAACACAGAUGGUGCUGUGAGAAACUAAACAUUCUCUUACUGCUGAACUGCUGGCAUAAACCUGUGGCUAAAGUUACUCCACCAGGGUGAAGAAAAAAACAACUAUUCCUUCUCAGCAAAAGUGAUUUAAUAAUAUAUUAAGAAAUUAUGCUGACUCUGGCCUUAUCAUGGAAUUAAUAUUAUAAUUAAGAGGAUUGAUUGUGGAAAAAUAAAAAUCUCUGUGGUGGUGUCAGAUUUUGCUGACUUCUGUUAAAGUACUUUACAGGACAUGUGAUUCUCGGUGAUGAGCACUGUAAAUUAUGUAGCUGAUUUGCUAUGCAAAGCAAAGGGCUUCCUAAAUUGAGAAAUUAUAUGAACUAGGUAAUAAAGUGUGGGAAAUUAAGAAACACCUUCAUUAAGGUCUUUCUUAAAGCCAGUUCCUUGGGCUUGACAGGCUUGGGGUUUUCUCUCUUUAUUUUUUUUUUUAAACACUGAUUCAAACUUCAGCAACUUUGAGAAAUUCUUGUUCUCAGUGAGCAAAAAAGGCAAAAGCUGUAUAUUUUUAGUUCCCAAUUCUCUUCUUCAGAAUUUCCCUUCUGAGGUUUCUUCCAUACUUCUGCUUGGAUUGGUUCUGCUUUGGGCUUUUAACACUUGUUUCUUACCUGCCUGGAACAGACUGCUGGUGGGAGAUGUUGUUCUCAGUUGACUUUCUGUACCAGAACUUAAAUGUUGUUUUCUAUUCUCACAUAAAAGAGCCAAGUGGCUUAAUGUGUCUUAAA